AUGAGCAUUAAAAUAUUUCUACCGCUGGAACUUUUUUACACCAAAGAAAACUGCAAUAUUUAUGGUGAAAAUAAAAUUGGCGACAACAAUUGUAUAUCGUAUUACAUUGUCUGUGCCAUAAAUGAUAAAAGGAGGGGUAGUGUGGAUGAUGAAGACAAUGAAAUCAGUGAAAAUAAUCGCUUGCAAAUUUACCAAAGAUUUCGACAUUUGGGUCACAUAGUAAAUGCCAAGGAGGCCAUAACAUUCCAACGAAAUCAGGAUGUGGCAUUAUCCUUUGUCUACGAUGAUGAGACGCCCUAUAUAUAUCUAAAUAAGCUGAGCAUUAAACCAGAAACGACGGGUAAAAUAAAUGUUUUCCUCUAUGAGGAGGGACGUAUACUUAAACUACAAGAUUUAAAGGAAUCCAUCGAUGUCCAAGGGCGAAAGGAAUCUAAUGAUGAUAGCAGCACCGAAGAUGAUGAUGAUUUACAUUAUUUAUAUCAGUUGCUACAUGUCAAGGAUAACACCUUUGUUCAUGUGGCUGGUGCAGAAGAUGGUGACCAUGCUGAAGACUUUUUUGCCUACGAUGUCAAACGUUGCAUUUUCCGAGUGUUUGAAUUGAUUUUCAAUUUUAUGAUGUGGCUGUUAACAAUAUUCCUCUAUCAGCCACCAUUUAAGUAUAUUUUUCAACACACCGUUCUAUAUGAACACUAUAAGGAAUGGAUGAAAUUUCGAAGUUGUAGAAAGCGACGUUUCAACAUUGCCUUUGAUACCUUCUUGGGUCUCUGUGUUAUGAUAAUACUAAUUUUAUAUAUUGAUAAUCCUGGUAAUUAUCUAAUCAAGUCUGCUCAUUUUAUUGUAAACAAAUUCCGUUUACUAUUGCACUCAUUAAAAGGCUCUCCGAUUGGUCUGAAACUGAAUGUGCAAUUGAAUAAUUUCCUUUUGGAAUGUUUUGGCUAUCAUGUCGAAUUGUGGGAUACAUUUUUAAAUGCUAUUGAACCAUGCAUUCGACAAUUAUUUGUGCCCAUAACAUUUUUGGGUUCCAUGGGCUUGUCCUACCAGCUGGCAUUGUUAAGCGAUAUUAUAUCAGUUAUUGGUUUACAUGCUCAUUGUUUUAGCAUUUAUGCUGCAGUAUUAUAUAAAGUGGAAAUAAAAGGUCUACAAGUUCUUUGGAAAAUGUUUUUGGGCAAACGUAAAAAUGUAUUGAAAAAUCGUGUGGAGUCCCAUAGUUAUAUGAAUCGCCAGUUAUAUUUGGGUACCGUCUUCUUUGCCUGUUUAUUGUUUCUUUUUCCAACCAUACUUACCUAUUAUGUUGUCUUUACAACGCUGCGUCUUGGCAUUGGUUUUGUUAGCUAUAUUUUAAAAAUGAUACGUCGACAAAUAUUGGAAUUUCCCAUGGAAAUGUUAUUUAAUUGGAGUGUUGGUCGUUUUUAUGACAGUGAUUCCUUGCAAUUGGAAUAUGUAGAACAUACUCCAUCACCGCUGCUACAACAGGAUACAGAAAUGAAAAUGUGCGUAUUCAAGUUGAAGGUUAAUUCGUCUUCCCUGGGUCGUGUUCUAUCCUGUCAUAGUGGUGUCCUGCAAGAGUUAGUUGCAAAUGAAAAUAAUUCCAUUAAAACAGUAUGCCAAAAAAUAUUAACGGGUACAUUUUAA